AUGUUCUUAUUAUUUACAGUGCCGAAUCCCCGUACCCUACAAAUAAUCCGGAAUCUCAAACAAGAUAGUAUAUCUGUUAUACAGAAUGAAAUACCUACGACUUCAACUUCCAUACAAUUCACUGAAAAGGAACAGUCCAUUUUAUCUCCCAAGCCUAACGAUAAUAUUGAAAAUAAAGAUUUAUCUAAUGUUAGUGAAGACUUUUGCUCAGGUGAUAGUGUGAAGGAUCCUGACUAUGUAGAUAUCGAUACACCCUGUUCUACAAAGAGGUCUCUUUUGAAAAAUAAAAACCGAGAAGUUUUUAAAAAUUUGUUGAGUGGAGUAGAUUUAAAUGAAAAACAAUAUGACAAUUUCAGUAACGAUGUUUCCACCAUAAACCAAACAAGUUCACCUAUACCUAUUCCGAUAGCCCCCAUGCAAACAGAAUCUAGUAGCAGCUCAAGCGAUGGAUCUAGUUCCUCAGAUUCCGAGAGUUCAUCAGACGAUGAAUUGAAUAAUGAACGUUUAACAGCAGUGGUUCAGUCUAGGGUAGACAAUAACAUAUUUCCUACAAGAGCUACCUGCAUCGAAGAAGAUAUUUCUCGCAAUGAUUCGAUUGAGCCAGUAGCUUCAACUUCACGUUCUACACCCCAAACUUCUUUAGAACUUACUGCUGAUUCUACACAUCUUGGUUGUUUUUUUGAAAUUAUUGAAAGCUUUUGGGGCAUGGAAGAUCUGCAAAGGCAACGGGAAUUUAUUUUACGCCAUCUUUCCGUCAUUCAACCACGAUACUCAUACAAGAUGCAUAACAGUAACCGAGGGAAAAACAACGCUUUUUAUUUGACCAUUGAUAUAUAUUAUAUACAAAAGCAAUGA